AAAAAAUAAACAAAAAAUCAUUUCUUUAAUCAGAGAGAAACCAGCGGAGCCGACGCUUUCGAAUCCAAAAUUUUUACUAGGACUCGGCGAGCUCGCCUACCGCGCCGCCAUGGCGCUGCUGGUGCGCGCGCGGCUCUCCUCGCUGGACGACGACGAAGACGACUGGGCCUCGGCAUCCUCGCUCUCCUCGGCCGCCUCCUCCCCGCCGCUCUCGCCCGCCGCCGCCUCCCCUCCGCCGCGUGCAGCGGUGCUCGCCGCCCCGCGGGUCGCGGCGCAGCUCUCGUCCACGGAGGAGGACGUCAGCGAGCCCUUCGACGGUACCUCCAGCUCCGGCGACGACGCCGACCUGGACGAGGAAGUGUCCAACGGCUUCUUCUUCAGCGUCGCCAGGGUACCGCCGCCCGAGGACCUUAGCACGGUCCCCGGCGGCGAGGCGGCGAGGGCUGUUUCUGGGGCGGAGCCCGAGGGAGGGGACGGCUGGGGCACUGCGGAGGAGCCGCUGGAGGACAGCUUGGUGAGCGCCGAGAGCGUCUUCGAAGCGCUCGAUGCCGGCGUCAUUGCGGAUGGCGACGGUACGGGCGCCGAGGGUUCUCUGGGUGGUAGCUUCCUCAUUUCCGGGAGCUUCAUUGGCACGCAGAACGGCAAGGAGGCUGCUGCGUCAGGUGAUUUCGUGCUCGUUUCAGAUGGUGCUGUGCUGAAGGAUGAUGACAAGCAGGGGGAGGAGGUUGGCAAUGACGCUGCGUCUGAGCCUUUAAUGAUGCAUGUUGCCGGUGUCGAUGACCUGGGCACCGUGGAUGUUUUGGAGGGGAUGCUUGAUCGUGAGGUUGCUGAAUUGCUUCCUAUUCCCAGUGCUACAGAAGGAGAUGGUGCUGGUGCUGAAAUUCACAGCAGUGAGUCCGAUGCAGAAGCUAGUACAACCAAUGUUGAUGCUAGUCCUGAUUAUGCUGCCACACGAGAUGUCACAUCUGAUGUCGCGCGAGUUCAUGGUAAAGUUGAUGACCCAGACUCCAUUGCAGACGAUGGUCAUGAUAAGGUAGAUGAGGAAGCUGAUGGUGACCAUGAAGCUUCUGAUGACCUUAAAUUCAUGCCGAUCUCUUCAAGUGAGGAUGCUGUGGAACUUGCAAAAGAAUUGGAGGACAACAUGCCUACUUCCAAAGGCAUGCACUUUGGUGUGGAUGACUCAGAUGAUGUGGAGAUCUAUGGUGAUGAUGAAUUUGUAGAGGGGAUGGAUGGAAAGGAGAUCGAGCUUUUUGAUUAUGCAGCUUUAAUCAAGCUUCUAAGGGCUGCAAGCAGCUCACCUGAACAAGGCAAGGCUAAGGUUUUCCCAGUUGAAUCUUCCGAACCCAGGCGUCUGCCUCCUACUGUAGCAAGCAAUACUAGGACGAGUGUGGCUUCUGCUCCUGUGCCAGAAGUAACUGCUGACCUUGAGAAAGAGAUGACAGAUGAGGAAAAUAAGAUAUACAGAAAGGUGGACAUGGCACGAAUCAAGUACAUGCGUCUUGUUCAUAGAUUGGGGUAUGAUAUUAACCAUCAGGUACCAGUACAAGUGUUGUAUCGGCUUAGUCUUGUUGAAGGUUUUAAGCGCGGAAGGAUGACAAACCAUUCCUCAGAGACCGAGAAUGCCUGGAAGAGGGCUUUGCAGCAUGAGGCAGAGGCAAUUGAUGACCUUGAAUUCUCCUGCAAUGUUUUGGUCCUUGGGAAGACUGGAGUGGGGAAGAGUGCAACAAUAAAUUCCAUCUUCGGGGAAGAUAAAUGCAAAACAAAUGCUUUUCUACCGGCAACAUCAUCUGUGAAGGAGAUUACUGGAGUUGUUGAUGGUGUUAAGUUUCGUGUCAUUGACACCCCUGGGCUUGGGACUUCGUCCAAGGAUGAAAAAUCAAAUAGGAAAGUUCUCAAUGCUGUCAAGAAGUAUAUGACGAGAUGCCCUCCAGAUAUUAUUCUGUAUGUUGAUAGGCUUGAUACCCAGCGAGAGGAGGCAAAUAGCCUAUUCCUCUUGCGAAGCAUUACCAGUGUGCUAGGCCUGUCAAUAUGGCCCAGAACAAUUAUUACUCUCAGUCACUCAGGAGGUGCCCCCCCAGAAGGCCCUAAUGGUUCGGAGGUGAACUAUGAUAUUCUUGUGACUCAUCGAACUCGUGCAAUUCAGCAAAGCAUCCGGCAGAUAACUAAUGAUCCUCAAAUUGAGAAUCCAGUGGCUCUUGUGGAGAAUCAUCAUCUGUGUCGGAGGAAUGCAGAAGGUGAAAAGGUCCUUCCUGAUGGCCUUAUUUGGAGGCGGUUCCUCCUCCUCCUAUGCUACUCACUGAAGUUGAUUGCUGAGAUCGAUAACCUCUCAACCCGUCGUGCUUCUUCUACAGGUUUUUUAGGUCACUUUUUCCAAGUGCCUCCAAUUCCUUACUUCUUAUCGUCUUUGUUGCAAUAUAGAGAGCACCCUAGGCAUUCCAAUGAACUGAAUGUUGGGAGCCUGGACUCAGAUUUUGACCUAGAUGAAUUGUUGAAUGGGGACCAAGAGGAUGAAGAAGAUGACUAUGAUCAACUUCCUCCCUUCAAGCCACUAAGCAAAUCCCAGGUUGCAAAGCUCUCCAAGGAGCAACAAAAGUUGUAUUUUGAUGAAUAUGAUUACCGAACUAAGCUUCUUCAGAAGAAGCACUUGAAGGAACAGCUUGGAAGAUUUAAGGAAAUGAAGAAGAAAGAGUUUGAUGAUAAUGAUGUACCUUCUGAUGAUCAUCCCGAUGAUGGAUAUGAUACAGAUAGAUAUCCUAUGCCAGAAUGGACCUUGCCAUCUUCAUUUGAUUCUGAUGAUCCUGUGUACCGCUAUCGGUGCCUUGUGUCUACACCAAACCUCAUGGUGCGUGCUGUUAACAAUCCUGAUGGAUGGGAUCAUGAUUGUGGAUUUGACGGUGUGAGUGUCCAACACAACCAUAAUGUUGCUAACAAAUAUCCAGCUUCUCUGUGGGUUCAAGUUAACAAGGACAAGAGGCAGUUCACCAUUCAUUUGGAUUCCUCAAUGUCAGUUAAGCAUGGUGACUAUGCCUCGAGCCUGGCUGGCUUUGACAUCCAAACAAUGAUGAAUCAGCUUGCUUACACCCUCAGAGGUGAGACCAAAUUCAAAGGCUUCAAGAAAAACAUCACUACUGGUGGUUUAUCCAUGACUUUUUUGGGAAAUAACAUGGUAGCUGGAGCAAAGCUUGAAGACAAGCUUUUAAUUGGUAACAGGCUAACACUGUCAGGCAACACUGGUGCUGUAUCCAUGAGAAGUGAUGCUGCAUAUGGAGUGAAUGUGGAGGCAACUCUUCAUGAAAAAACCUAUCCUGUAGGUCAAGGCCUUGCCACUUUGGGUGCAUCCUUAGUGAAAUGGCGAAAAGAGUGGACCAUGACUGCAAAUUUAGAUUCCCAUGUAUCUAUCGGAAGGUCUUCAAACAUGGCAGUUCAUGUUGAUGUAAACAACAAACUAACUGGACGGGUCAGCAUCAAGGCCAGCACUUCAGAACAGUUGAACAUUGCCCUUUUAGGUACCUGUUCAGUGAUAAUGUAUUUGUGGGACAAGAUACACCCUGGUGCAGAUUCUAAUGAUGACUAGCACUGGUGUAUUCAGGACUCCCAAGAUCCAAGCAGUCACAGGUUGGCAAGCACAUCAUUUGUGCACCCAGCUUGUGAUUCAAGAACUGGAAGUAGCUGUAAACUGUACACUCUGGCAACUUGCUAGGAAUGGAAGUUGAACCAUCGCUUUCUGUCAAGAAUCAAGAUAAGUGUAGCUGUGCUGCCGUUUCUUUCUUUUUUCCAUCCAGUGCGCAGUUGGUGGCCAACUUCAUGGUUAUCAUCACAUAUUUUGUCAAAAAUGUAAUUAGUAACACGUCUGAUGGUUCUCGGCUAAUUGUGCCACAACUUGACUAAUGCUAGUCAGUCAAAUUAAACUAACCUUGACAGAAAAAGUUAGGCAAACUAUGAUAAGUUAGGUAGGGAACCAAACAGGUCCAUAAUGCCCCCAAAAAUUGCUGUCCUUUGAGCCUCCCUUUCAUUAAGCAGUUUCAUCUCUUCUAACCAGAAAUGUGUGGCCCCUAAAAAUUAGUUUCUGAUAGCUUUUCUUUAGGCUGGCAAUACGCUGUCAUGAUUUACGUGAUAAUUUUGCAGCAUAUCAGAUUGGCGAAGUCUUUUGUUUCUGCUAAUAUCGUAGUGAUUUCUUUGUGUAUAUCUGGAGAUAAGAUAAGGUGCUCGAGAAAGUAAGCAAGGGGACUGGCCCCCACUGGGUUUGGCUUGCCCCUGCAAGUGGGAGACAGUCUUUUGCAUUAUUGUUUAGAAUAGGAUUCUUAGGCCAUUAAUCCAUAGGAAAAGAGGAGUCCAGUUUUAUAAAGGGUCUCCUUUUAUUCUUCUUUUUUCCUGGGUGACUUCUGUGUUCUGUCCAAAUUAUAGCAACGAAAUGAUACUGCACAUAUAGCAAACCAUAUGAUAGUGCAAAGAUAUAUUUGGAAAAGAAGCUCUCAGCUUUAUCGCAGGGUGCAGCUUUUAAUAGGUUUUGUCUUUGAUCUUCACUGAACUCCCGAGAUCUUUUGAGGUUUGUUGCUUCAAAUUUGCAAGUGUUGAGAUCAUUAAUCUUCCGUGGGCACGUAGCUGGCUGGAUUCAUGGUUCCUAAAAUCCCAGCAGAUCAUAAGGAAAUGAAAAUGGCCUUUCUUCACAACCAACUGAAUCAAAUCACCUUGACAUGCAAAGCCGUUGCAUUAUUUUGCCAGCCAUGUCAGUUUCUAGACGUUUCUUUGCAAGAAGAAAACACGAAUUCAGUUCAUGAGCAUGUUUGCCUCUCAUGGCUGUAGGAUUAAACCACCCAACAGCUGAAAAGAUCAAGAAGGCAGUAAAGAAGUUUUGGACAGAGCAUAGAGAUAAAGCAUCACCACUAGAAGAAGAAUCUUCUGAACCUGGAAGCAAAGGUGGACACGCAGAGCAGGAAGAUUUGUUUUCUAGAUUAUUCACAGGCUCCCCUACUUACAAGAUUUCUGGAAAACAAGUUCGUAGUGGCUACACAAGUUUCAGAUCUCCCUCUUGAGCCCACCACACCCAUGACUCAUGCCAUGCAUGAACUUCCCAGGAUCUCACAGGCUCACAGCCACUCCCCAAGACCAGAGACAUGGACUACGUAC